AUGAACCACCGAAAACCUUCUCGUCUCACUUCCAUCCAGGAGCAGAACGAGAUACAAGACGACAUCGUCACGAAAGUCGAGAAGAAGGUUUCUCAUGCCUUAACGGUCCUCUGGUCAGAUCUACCAUCAUGGCAACAAGAUAAUCACUACAUCCAGUCUGGCUACCGGCCUGCAAGCAACUCUUUCUACCGUUCCUUCUCUUCUCUGUCGUAUAUCCACAACGAGACUGUGAACAUUUACACUCAUCUCCUGGGAGCCAUCGCCUCUUUGAUCUGCUCCAUCUACCUGCAUUCUCUCAUCAAGCCGAGAUUUGACAGAGCGAGCACAGAAGAUGUUAUUGUUUUCGGUUGCUUCUUCGGGGGUGCGAUUGCUUGCCUAGGCAUGAGUGCUACUUAUCAUACCAUUUCCAAUCACUCUCCUAAGGUCAACAAGAUUGGCAACCAACUGGAUUAUGUCGGCAUCGUAUGCUUGAUCUGGGGCAGUUUCAUCCCGAGCAUCUUCUACGGCUUCGCUAGAGAACCCGAAUACAUUGCUAUAUAUUGGUCCAUGAUUACCCUGAUUGGCAUUGGCUGUGCGAUUGUGUCCAUUAUGCCCAGCUUCAGAACACCAAAGUGGCGUCCAUUCCGUGCUGGCAUGUUUGUCGCCAUGGGUGCAAGUGCCGUUAUUCCAGUGCUGCACGGCAUCUUGCUGUUCGGGGUCACCCAACUCGAGCGACAGAUUGGACUGUCCUGGCUAGUGUUACAAGGUGUCUUAUAUAUCUCCGGUGCUGCAAUCUAUGCCCAUAGGNCUCGAUUCCCAGAACGUAUAAAACCUGGCUCUUUUGACAUCUGGGGCAGCUCUCAUCAAAUCUUUCAUGUCUUGGUCUUACUUGCUGCAGCAUCUCAUUUUGUUGGUCUUGUCAAGGCAUUCGACUAUGAGCACAGUGCGAGAGCUCAGGCUGAUAACAUAGCAUACGGCUUUAGUCAUGUCUUCAAGAAGAAUUAG